AUGUCAAACAACAUGACAGCAUUAUAUAGAACAACCUUCAAAACUGAUUUUUAGGGAAAACAAAUUGGAGUACCUGCUACAUUAAAUUAAGAAAAAAAAAAUGAUUUAAGAACCAACCAUUUUGUUCUUGGCCAUCAAGAUGCUCAAUAAGUCUCUGUCACCAAGGCAACCUAUAAUGAAAAACCAUUGCAGCCAGGUUUAUAAAAUGAAUAAGAAAUUCAAAAGACAAAAAUGAGAUCUCAUCAUCAUAACUUUGCAGAAACCACUCAUAAAAUGAUGUAGUCCAAUUACUAUGAGCAAUACUAGCCUCAAUAAUUAGAACCAAAACAAGAUGUCACAGAGAGAGCAAGAUAACUUAGAGUUUCAAACAUAUUUCUUGGCUAAGAGUAACUUCCUAUGAUUACUGCUUCACAAGAAUAUCACAACAAGAAAGAAGGAGGACUGUAGCCUUCUUAUUAAUCAGCCUUCCAAACAAAGAAUUUCAAUUUAGGAACAGCACUUCCUGAAUACCAAACUAUCAAUUAAGAAUAUUAUUAGAGAUACCAAGUAACUUCAAAUCCGUUUGCUGAAGAGAAUAGAUAAAAUUUGAGGGCCACGCAUUUCACCUUAGGGAAAGACAAUCAACCUUACUCAUCUGAAACUAAGUCUCAUUAUAGACCUUACUCAGAAAAUCAUGUCAAAUUUCCAAAUAAUACAGUUGCAUUAUCAGGAAGUCAUUUUACAAUAGGAGAUCCUAGAUUUAUGAAUCACAAGACUUAAUCCUUGUAUACAAGUACAAUGAAACCUCCUGAACUAUCAUCCAGCUUUCAAGCUCGUGAUUAGUAGAUGGACAGAGGGUCCAAUUUCUAAAUUGGCAAUGAGAAUAUAAGAUAUAAAUCAGAAAUGCAAUCCAAUUUCAACAAUCCAUUAGGAUAAGCCGCUUAAUUAACAGAUAAAUAAUUGAAAGAUUUGAGAUCCUCUCAUUUUGGAUUGAAUGAUCAUAGUGGCAAGAAUACUUAUGUGACAACUAAAUAGAUGGAAGCUCUCAAUUAUUAAUAAGGAUAUCCUAAUAAAUUAGAUCCCCUUGCAAGUGCCAAUUUGAGAUCACAUCAUUUUACCUUAGGACAAAAUAGAGGUGAUUUAAUAUCAUAAACACAUGAUAUUCACAGAUAUUUGGAUGGAAAACCAAAUGUUCUAAAUUAAUAGUAAGCAAAUAACUUAAGAAGACAUCAUUUUUCAUUGUCAUGA